GUCGUCGCGACGCUUACAUAACGGCAUGGUUCCUGCGCCACGGAAAAACUCGCGCUCUCGUGUUCGCCGCCCGAUAUUCGCGUCGCGUCGAUUCAACAACGCGACGCCGACUAAGUUUUUCGGUUCGCGCGCGCCCGCCCCCGCCGGAAUCUAACUGCAUCGAUUAAGCAUACGCAGCAGUUUAUUCGUUAUUAAACCCAAGAAAGAAAAAAAACCACCAUAAUCAUCAUCAGCAAACAGUAAAACCGAUAAAGUAAACAACCGCACUCUAAUCACGUAAACAUAAUUAAAAACGAAAAACACCGUAUUCAUUAAAUGUAAUAUUAUAACAAUAAUUUAUGUAAGCAAGCAAAUAUCUAGGAAAAAAGUAAUGCGUCACAUAAAUUAAAUAGAUUUGCAAGUUAUUAAUAACAAAACAGUGAAUUAAAUGAGCUAAGAAAAUUAAUAGCGUAGUGUAUUUGUAAUUAUCACUUCACGUAACUAAUAUUGUCGUAUAACUGUGAUCUUAUAUCGGUGUGGUGCAAAAAUUAAACUUGAAUGUUGAUGGUUUGAAAUAAUUUUUGGUGGACAAAUUCGACUCGUCCUGAUUGAUGUUCGCGUUAUUGAACAAGUGAAAAGUGGAUUUUAAUUGAGUGGUUGUUGAAUCGAGGGCGGACGCUGAGUUGUAGAGAGGACUAUAUACCUAUAUCUAGAUAUAUAUGGACGAUUCCGCAGGAACCGCGUUGCCGGAAUUAUGUAACACGUUGGAUUAAUUAAGAUGUCGUUGAUUAAUCAAAAGCGUGUGUGGGGAUUUUUUAUAUGGAAAAUGGAUGGUCGACGGGCGCGACGCAGUCUCACUUGUCUACUACCCCUUAUGUUGUUGACACUAUUAAUAGGUGGGGUGGAAUCGUAUAUGGACGACGGUGUCGGCCUAAAUGGGAACAUCAGUACGUACCCGUACUUCGAAUUCAACGUACCGAGGAAUGUCACCACAGCAGUGGGACAAACUGCUUUCCUGCAUUGCCGCGUCGAGCAAUUGGGAGACAAGGCGGUAUCCUGGAUUCGCAAGAGGGAUCUUCACAUCUUAACGGCCGGCAUUCUAACGUACACAUCGGAUCAGAGAUUUCAAGUGAUUCGCCCUGAUAAGUCGGACAACUGGACGUUGCAAAUUAAGUUCCCACAAUUGCGUGAUUCCGGUGUCUACGAGUGUCAAGUCAACACCGAACCGAAAAUGUCUCUACCGUUUCGUCUGAACGUCAUUGAAGCACGAGCCCGGAUUUUAGGUCCGAGUGACUUACACGUGAAAGCAGGAAGUUCCGUGACGGUGGCGUGUGUUAUUAACCAAGGCCCGCACGACCUCGGAACCGUCUUCUGGUACCGUGGAACGGACAUCUUAGAAGCUUCUUCCCUGCAUCCCAAUGAAGCAGAUCCAACCGCUAGAAUCACAAUUCAGAACUUUUGGACUGAUGGCCUGACAUCUAGACUGCACAUUUCCAGCGCAAAGCUUGCGGACUCCGGGAAUUACUCGUGCGUCCCGACUAUAGCUGCACCGGCGAGCGUUAACGUACAUGUCAUUAAUGGAGAACAUCCAGCCGCAAUGCAACAUGGAAACAAGAAUACAGCAUCAUUGUCUCUUUCACUCCAUUGCACCCUUGUAUAUAGUAUAUCUGUCUUCAUUAUAAAACACAUCAGAUGAAAUUUCUUGUAAAAAAUUAUAAUAUUUGA